UCGAUCCAACCGCCAGCAACAAGUCAUGAACAUGUCAACCCGCAUUAUUUUGGUGCUCUUCGUAGCCUACGCUAUGAUGUUCAUGUUCACUGCGGGAGCGACAGCCUUCGAUCGAGCGAUAGGCGUAUGUAUCAGAAACUGCGCCCAGUGCAAGAAAAUGUUCGGCCCGUACUUCCUGGGACAGAAGUGCGCCGAUUCCUGCGUCAAGUACAAAGGAAAGCUCAUCCCCGACUGCGAGGAUGAGGUUUCGAUUCAACCAUUCCUCCAGGCGCUCGACAGCGACUAUUAG